AUAUUGAAAGUGGAAUUAAACAUACAACAUAUACAUAUAUACAUACAUAUUUAUGUAUGUAAAUGUUCUAUAUUUUUAUUAAGUAUUCAAUAUAGACAAUUGAAACUUCCAGUUGACACAGGUGCUUCCCGCAAUUUUAGAAGUCAUUUUUUUUUUUGUUUUUGUAUGUAUUUACACAAAUUGCCUUAAUUUCUAACAUGUAAGGCAUACGCAUAUGUAUGCCAAUGUAUGCUUUUAUCUUUGUUUUUUUUUUCGAAUAUGCUUACAUACAUACAAAUAUUAAUCGACUAGAAUAAAUGACUAAAUACAUAGGCUGAUCUAAUAUUCUGUUCUUGCUGAACUCAUAGUUGUUUAUAAAAUGAUUAUGUGUUGAAAAAAAAACAGCUACUGAUAGGAAAUACUCAUUGAAUUAAAAGGAACUUGAUUAUUAAGUUAAAUUUGUAUACAUUUACACAAUAACUUCAUAAGAAAUAAUAGUGCUGCAACGAUAGAGCCAAAGUCAUUAGGAAAUGAUACAGAGGUCGCGUUUAAAGUACGGCGCCAAAAUUUAUAAACUGUUGAAUGUGAUAAUGUUAUACAUUUAAAAAAAAAGAGAGUAAACAAUUUAAUUAAUAAUAGUUAAGUAGAAAAUUUUUUGCUAAAAGUUGCUGGAAUUGUUAUGAGCAAGUAAUGCGGAAGUGUAUUUGCUGGCUUUUCACUGGAGCUCCAUUUCAUGGUGGUUUUUCGGCAACAACCAUAUUCCACACUAACACUCAGUCUCUCGGCUGUCUCACAUUGCGAAAAAGGUGAGAAAACGUCAAAAUCUGAAGCUGCAGAAACAGUAAAAGUUAGCAGAGUGGAGAUGGCAAUAAAAUACUCGUAUGGUAAUAAGAAUAACAAUGAUGCAAUGAGCAAUGACGAAGAGCAGGUGGCAGCCAAAGUGCUUGAAUGGACGUUAAAAUUAUGGCUCACACCAGUUAAAUUUAUAACAAGUGGAAACGGAGCGGAGCAUGGCAAAAACAACCGCAGUAAAGAGCAUUGUUAUACGAGUAUGUUUUAAAUUGAUGAUGACGAAUACGCACAGUGGUGUAGGACUUGAACGCGAUUUAUUAUACGUAAUAGUAAAUAAUUUUUUAGGAUAGUUGUUCGGAAAAUAAAUUGUAAGUACG